GGAAAUUUGAAAGUGGAAUGGGAAGAAGAUAGAGAAUAUUUAGUAAAGAAUGUUGGAUGUCACCUCCAUCCUGGCUCAGAUCUUCUUGGUCUCCUUCAGUUUUCUGCCUGUUCACUGUUCUCAGCCAAAUUGCACAGAUGUGGCUGACUUUGAGGACUGCCUCGGAAACGUAGAUGAUUUCUGUCCAAAAGAUAUUGUUUGUGCAUGCAAAAAUGGAGUGCCUUUCUGCAAAUGCCUAAAUUUCAGAGGUCAGUGGGGAAAUUAUUGGUACAUGGGUGCCAAAUGUGAGCAACUCUGGAGUACUCUAGAUCUGAUUUUGGUAGCAGUGCUCCCUGGGAUAGGACUGGCUUUAAUAGUUGGUGUAAUAAUGCAGACUGUCCACUACUGUCGAAAGAGCUCAAAGCUGAAAACUCAGGGCCGCCAAGAGGAGGCUGCACCUAGACUCCAACCUCAACCUUGGCGGAAUGCUGCUUAUGUCCAUGAUAAGGAUAACUGGAAUUCACCAACUCGUAAUGCCAUGCCAAGAAGUUCCACUUCACCACAAAUGCAGUUUUCUCCGAGAGACCUUCGAGAAGACAAUCAUCAUAUGCAUCCAUAUUCAGAGAAUUUUGUAUUUCCUGAAAUGGGGACAAUGGAUAAUAUCCCUUUGACAGAUCUGAACGUGGAUCUUCCACUGAUAUUCGCGAAUGAACUUGUCCCCAGUAUGGAUCCAGGUGGUGGAGGUCUUGGAUUGCAGACACAAGGAUCCAAAGUGCCCCAUACUAUGAUAAUGCAGGAUUUUGUGUCUGGAAUGGCUGGUACUGCUCGUAUCGACGGAGACCAUAUUUUUGUAUCAGUUCCUGAAGCUCUAUUAGUUUCUGAUGUUGUCACGGAUGAUGGGAUAAAUCUUGAUCAUGGCCUUGCAUCUGAAGUUGUCCAAGGGCCUGAUAUCGUCACAGAAAAUGAUUUUGUAACAGAAGGUGUGUUUGUUCCUGAAUCUGUUCUGGAAGCUGAUAUUGCCAUUGAAGAAAUUUUAGAUAUUAGUGAUCACAUUUUGACUUCUGACCUAAUAACAGAAACUGUUAGAUUACCUGACCAGAUUUUUGUGGCUGACCUUGUUACUGGUCCUGAAGGACAUUUGGAACAUGUGGUCCAGGAUUCUGUGUCAGGAGCUGAUUCUCCCACAAUAGUAUCAGAGGAAGUUCUUGUAACCAAUUCAGAUACAGAAGCUGUGAUUCAAGCAGCCAGUACUCUUCCUGGUUCUACGGUUGCUAUAAAAACUGAAGAUGAUGAUGAUGGCAAGAGCACUUCUGAAGACUACUUAAUGAUAUCUUUGGACGAAGAUGCAGAGAAACUAGACCAAAUUGCAAACCCACCAGUAAAAAUCAACACUGAAGCUUCCAAUGAUGAUGUCACUAAAGAAGAUGGGUUUGGUUCAGAAGUUAUAAAAGUGUAUAUUUUUAAAGCUGAAGCUGAAGAUGAUGUGGAAAUAGGUGGAACAGAAGUUGUUACAGAGAGUGAUUUCCACAAUGGACAUUCUGUCCCUGGAGUCCUUGAACAGCAGGGAUGUGUUGGCCGAAUGCAGCGGGAGAAGAUGGUUUACAUGGCAGUUAAAGACUCAUCUCAUGAGGGUGAAGAUCUCAAUUGUGCUGAAAUAGCUGAUGAAGUUUACAUGGAAGUCAUUGUAGGGGAUGAGGAAGCCCCUGCUCUUCCUGAGGUCCAGCUGGAAGACUCUGGUGUGAAUAAAACAUUUGUUCCUGUGGCCUGGGCUGCAGCAUAUGGAGAUGAAAGUCUUCCCCAGAGGUAUGAAGAAUGUGAGGCAUCAGGAAAUAAUUUGGACACCAGAUUAGAAAAUAAAGAUGGUACCUCAGCACAGUACCUUCAGAUUUGUGAUAGUGUUAACACAAAUAAGGCACUUAAACAGAAGUCCAAGAGAAGGAAACGGGGAGAAAGCAGGCUAUGGCAAACAGCUAUUAUAAUUGGUCCCGAUGGGCAGCCCUUGACUGUAUACCCUUGCUAUAUUUGUGGGAAGAAGUUUAAAUCCAGAGGAUUCUUGAAAAGACACAUGAAGAACCAUCCUGAUCAUAUGAUCAAGAAAAAAUACCAAUGUACAGAUUGUGACUUCACAACUAGUAAGAAAGUAAGUUUUCAUAACCACUUAGAAAGCCAUAAGCUUAUGAAUAAAGUCGAUAAGACCCUUGAACUUACAGAAUACACAAAAAGAUACAAAGAAGCUAGUCCACUGAGUUCAAAUAAGCUUAUAUUAAGAGACAAAGAACCUAAAAUUUAUAAAUGCAAGUAUUGUGAUUAUGAAACUGCAGAACAAGGACUGAUGAAUAGACAUUUGCUUGCUGUACAUAGCAAAACUUUUCCUCAUGUUUGUGUUGAGUGUGGGAAGGGAUUCCGUCACCCCUCUGAACUUAAGAAGCACAUGAGGACCCAUACAGGGGAAAAGCCAUACCAUUGUCACCAUUGUAUCUUCCGGUGUGCCGAUCAGUCAAAUCUGAAAACUCACAUGAAAGCCAAACAUGGCACUGUCUUACCCUAUAAGUGUGAGCACUGUCCCCAGGCUUUCUCUGACGAAGCUGAGCUUCAGCAGCACCUGGAAUUAUUCCAAGGACAUAAAACACACCAGUGCCCUCAUUGUGACCACAAGAGCACCAAUUCAAGUGACCUUAAGCGACAUAUCAUUUCUGUCCAUACUAAAGAUUUCCCUCACAAAUGUGAAGUGUGCGAAAAGGGCUUUCAUCGUCCUUCUGAGCUCAAAAAGCACGGGGAAACCCAUAAAGGGAAAAAAGUCCACCAGUGUAGACACUGUGACUUUAAAACGUCUGAUCCAUUUGUGCUCAGUGGCCAUAUCCUCUCUGUUCACACCCGAGACCUUCCUUUAAAAUGCAAAAGGUGCAAGAGAGGAUUUAGACAGCAGACUGAACUUAAGAAGCACAUGAAGACUCAUAGUGGAAGGAAAGUUUAUCAGUGUCAGUAUUGUGACUACAGUACUACAGAUGCUUCGGGCUUUAAGCGCCACGUUAUCUCCAUACAUACAAAAGACUACCCACAUAGAUGUGACUACUGCAAGAAGGGAUUCCGUAGGCCAUCGGAGAAAAAUCAGCAUAUAAUGAGACACCAUAAAGAGACCGUUAUGUAAAAUUUUAUAUAUAUAUAUAUAUAUAUAUAUAAAGAGAGAUCCACACACACACACACACCACACACACACCACACACACACACAAUACAUGUAUAGUAAGAAAGGAAGUUAGAAAUGGGAUACAUUAAUUGGAGAAAAAGAAAAUCUCAUGAACUGUUUCUCCUGGUUCCAAAGUUUGAUAUUAAAUCAUAACUUUACAUUCUUUGUAUUUGAAGUCUUAAACGAGUAUUAGGGUUGACAGUGAUCUGCCAGCCCGAAGGGUUGCUCAUCACAGCUCCAGCACCCUAGAUGGUGAUUAGGGAGCUCCAGAGAAUGGAAUAUCGAAAGACUGCUGAAUGUUUCUUUCAUAGUAUUAUAUGCGUUGUUAGGCAGGAGAGGGGCACAGAGAGAGAGGAAGAGUGAGAACUGAUCCGUUGUGCUUUUUGGUUGGUUAGAAACAUGACUGGCCUCCACCAUUGCUGGGAUAGGAGGUCAGUGACACUUUGCUUCAUUCCUUACACAGUUUGGGGGUUGGGAAGAUGGAGGUAGGAAAGAUGACAGUUGAUCAGUGAUCACUUAGUCUUUUGGGUUUUUCUCUAAUACCUGGAAUGAAUAUCCAGAAAUGGUUGAAGUUUUGUUUGUCCAUUUUUAAAAGCAUUUCAUUCAGAAGCUUUUUAGGUUAAUUCAGUGCUUUUAAAAGCUGAGUUUCAGAGCUGCUAACCUAUUUUGUUAUUAGAUAGGUGAUGUAAAAGAUAGCAUUAAGCUAAGAGGUCGGGUAAUAUUCCAUUGCUAAGAAUAAGGAAGGGGGGUGUGUAUAUAAUUCCCCUUCUGCCUGACGCUACAAUUGAAUGUUCUGGAGGGCAGAGUUUGCAAAAGUAUACUUGCAUCUAAUGUGGAUUUGGAAGAAAAUGGAUGCAGCAAUAGUGUUGCAGUUCAGCACUAUUUUUCCUUAAUGUUGUAGGAGCUUCUUUAAAAGUUUAAAAAAUGGUUCAAAGAACACAACUUUCUUAAAUGACAGUAAAUAUUUAGAGGUUCUUUAGGACAGUUUUAGCAGGUAUGAUUAUUCUAGUCCUACUUGACUAACAUUAAUAAAAAGGUGCAAUUUUAUGCCAUUGUUGAAAAUACCAAUUUUAUAAUAUAAACAUGCAUUUUUAUUCUGAGGCAGUAUUUAUGCAGUAUUUAACCAGAAUAAUAUGCUGCCAACAGAAUUAAUUCAAAGAUGGAUCUUCAGUUUACAAUGUAUACAUUUAAAAUAUGCAUCCUUUUAAAUGAUGCUUUGUGUUAGCAUGCUGCAGAUCAAAAUGGCAUUUAAUAUAACAAGCUGAUCUAGGGCUAUUUAAUGAAAAACCUAUUCAUAAAUGUUAUGCAUAUAAUGUGUACGUUUUACUUUUUUUAUGUUGCUUCAUGUUUGCACACAGCUGUUGUCCACAUGAUAAAAAAAUGGAAAUUUUACUUCAUAGUAUAGCGUGGCUUUGUAAUUCAGAAAACCUUCAUCCUUAUGGUUUUGUACCAGAUGAGAAUCAGUUCUUUGAGAAUAAAUUUUUUAUCUUUCUGAAACCUCAAAAGGUUAAAUUUGGAAUUUGAAGCAAACAAACAAAAAAAGGUUUUAUGUGUCUGUAAAUGAUACACACGCUGUAACAUAAAAUUGUCACUGUUAUGUGGGACUAUUAUUUCUAAAUGUUAUUGUAA